CAGCGCCCCCACCUGGCUAUCUGGGCGCACUGCAACUGCCGGGGUCUGAAUUCAACCGAGCUAACAUGAACAGCACAGGGGUGGAGAUAGUGCAGUGGAAUAACAGCAACAAGAACAACCAGACACCGGGCUGUUUAUGCAGAAAGAAAAUGAUUUUCUGAAGGGGACGGAUACUGGGGACGUCCUGGUGCUCAGAGUCGUUGUCAGCCCCCUCAGGGUGAGCGUUGCUGCUUCACUUCAUCGUUGCACAGCACCUCUGUAGCAAGGCACAGUCAGAGCAAAGAGCCUUGUUGACUACUGCUGUGGCGGGGCAGGAGGACAAAGCUCAGAAAGAUGGCAUCACCCUUUGUGCCUGUCCCCAUGCCGAUGGACAGAGCCCUGUCAGCAGGUAGCAGCAAGCUCAGGCGGCCACAGCGAGCUUCAUCGCUAGGCAGCGUCUCCGGUGCCUUGGCCGGGGAGGACCACGGAAGAGGAUGCGUAGGAUUGGAUUCCCGGCGGCAAUCCCGCGGCAUUGACAGAGGCAGUCGGAGCAGGACACCCCCACCCCUCCUCAGCCCUGUGACACUGGCCAGGGUGAAUGGGGCUCUGGAGCCCUCCAUAGAGUACUCCAGCUGUCCACGCUCCAUAUCGGAUCCGGUUGGGCACCAGCAAGCCGAGGAGAGGCCCAUUACCCCCACUGUGCUGGGGUAUGAGGUCAUGGAGGAGAGGGCCAAGUUCACGGUAUUCAAGGUCCUGGUCAGGAAGACUCCAGAUGAGAACUGGGUUGUUUUCAGAAGGUACACAGACUUCUCCAGACUCAACGACAAGCUGAAGGAGAUGUUCCCCGGCUUCCGCCUCUCGCUUCCUCCCAAGCGGUGGUUCAAAGACAACUACGACAGCGACUUCCUGGAAGACAGACUGUUGGGACUACAGGCUUUUUUGCAAAACCUGGUGGCACACAAGGACAUCGCCAACUGCCUGGCAGUGAGAGAGUUUCUGUGUCUGGAUGACCCCCCCGGGCCUUUUGAUAGUCUGGAGGAGAGCAGAGCAUUCUGUGAGACUCUGGAAGAGAGCAACUAUCGUCUCCAGAAGGAGCUGCUGGAGAAGCAGAAGGAGAUCGCCUCUCUGAAGAGGAGGUUGCAGGAGAGGGAGCAAGCCAUCCUGCUACUGGAGAAGCAUAUCAAUGGCGAAUGUGUGAGCCCCGAGUCCCUGUGUGGUCUGUUAGCUCAGGGCAGCGAGAGCAGUGCAGAUGUGGAGUCGUCCGCUGCAGAGGCGGAUCAGGAUGUGCUUGACGACACCGGUGGCACAUGUGAGGUCCAGCUGGUGCAAUCCUCUGCCUGUUGGUGUGGUCCGCCACUCAGCACCUCUCCUCCGGUCAUUGAGGUCACUCAGCUUAACCACCAAAAGCUGGAACAUUAACAAUGGACACUGGUACCCCUCUUUUCCACCUUUUUCCCUCCAAGUGCUAUUCCAUAGUCUCUGUGGUUUUUUGACCUUGUUUACCUUAUCAGUCCUUCCUCUUAUCACAACUCAGAUUUCCUCUUUUCACUUUCCACAUUUUACUGCUGUUUUACCUUCAGUCUUAUAGAUGGAUCUGAAGCAGCAUUAAUCUCAAGAUCUGUGAUAUGUUAAAAGGGAACAGUUUUAUUCUGCAACAGCCUGUUUCACUUAUUUUCCACAAUACGAUGAUGGGUCAUGGGAUAUGUUGUCUGGCCCCUACAGGAGGUAUCCUGAAGACCUCGUACAACAUGUACAAGAUUUAAACAAUAUCUUGAAUUACAUGGCUACAGUUAUUUAAACCUCCAACUAAGUUGAUCUGUCUUAAACUGUGGGGAUUUGUCAAUCGUCCCCAUUUGCUUUUGAACCUCAUACAGCGGCUGCUAGUCUGAAUCAACUUGAUCAUGCUCACAAAAGCAUGGCUUCCUGACCAAAAAAUAAAAAAUGACAAUCUACAGACAACCCGAACCAUCAUCAUUUCUGCAGACGUGCAUUAUGGCUCAUCACUUGUGACAAGAGGCCCUUCUCUCAAACCAGAAAAUCAAUACUCCCAUGUGAUUAUAGAAAUAAACAGAACAUUCUGGAUAGAUUAUAUGUCUCAGGAUAUGCAUCAGUAACCAGGUGGGUAUGACAGAGGAUUGAUAACUUUAUGUUAGCAGGUACUUCCAUGUUAUUGCUUUGUACUGCCAUUGACUCCCAUUGAGACUAUCGACUGGCCUUGAGAUGCUUCAUUGGUUUUUCAUUUUGCGUCUAAAAGCAUUGACUCCCCAAUGUUGCAGUGCCAUGGAAGAUUUGUGGUAAACUAAAGUCCUGCGAGAGACCAGAGAUACAUUCUGUAAUGUUGGAGAGAGAGAGAUAAUGUACUCUUUUAUAUCAUUCCCCUGGCACAUGCAUCAGUUUGCUUUUAGACAUUGUGUAUGCCAAUUUACGGAGAGUCCAUACAUAUUUACAACACUAAACCUCUUCUGGCACCUUGCCUGUUAUUAGAGUAGACUGAGCCUGGACCUGUAUCAGUUUCCUCAAGGUCAACCGAGAUGUUGUAACAAGGGUAUCGCUGUGGGGUUAGUUCAGCCGUUAAACGAAACAAAAAGAUUCUACUUACCCCUACUGGUGUGUGGCUAUGCAGAUAGUUUUGGUCAUAUCUGCUGAAGAUUUUGAAGGUUCUAUAAACUGGAUUCAGAGCAUUAAUAUAGCGACCGAAAGCUAUUUGCGAUCUAAAGACACACAACACCGGGAAAUACUGGAAGUGAACACGUCACCAUUCCUACGGUGGUGCCUCUUGCAUGCAAGCUGUCCUCGGAAGUGUAAAAUGUUCUACUUUUAAGAGAUUCUUGACAACCUGCACUUAUCAGCUGCCCAAUGUUAGUCUAACAUGGUGAAACAAGUGAACACUGCUUAGCUGGCGUAGCAAAGGUUAGUGUGCUUAAGACACUGUCUAGAAAUUAGAUCAAUCCGCCAACUAUUGUGAAACAUAGCGUUAGCUGAUCUAACCAGGCUAACCUAAUGUCCUUGUAAUAGCCUUCAGUUUAGCUUUAAUCAAUUUAAAAUAUAUACUAAUCUGUUUAUUAUCUACACCAACCAUGCUAGUAAGUGACGAAUAACCAAGGAGGGAUUUGGCUGAAAGUCAUCAGUUAACACGGUUGGCAGACACUGAGUCACUACGACAGUCCCUCUUUUGAUUCACCACUGUCUUAGGUCAUGGCCGCUUUGCAUUGCGCUCAUAUUACCGCUGAUAAUGCCGCGUUCCCCUUGAGGUAAACACUGUUGGCUCUCUCAGCACUGGCGCCGUUGUAUGCAACGUCUGUGCUCAUUACACCGUUAGCUGCUAGCCGCAGGCUCAGCCAUCUCCAUGUUGAGAGCAGUAUGGAGGCAAUUGAUAUGCUUUGAAUUCUGUAUUCAGGAUCUUCUAAGAUAUCCACUUCUAAGAUGUCUGCCUCUAUCUUGAUACAAAUUAGGUAAAUGGAAAUGUGUUUUGAGGUGCCCACAGUACUGAAAAAUGACAUGAGAAACUCAACAGUAAUCCACUGAUUAUCCACGACGGUUAUCAAUUGGAACCACCAUCUACCGGACCAUAAUCCCUCUUAAUGGGGCCAUCUGUGAGUAACAUCAUGAGUAACUGUGACCUCUGCACAUAAAACCAAAACUAUCUGCACUGCUAGAUUUCUGUGAGAGUGGGGUGAGAACAGUUUGUACAGCCUGGAUGAACUGACCUUUUACAUCUUGGGUUGAUAAUCUUGAGAAACUACCAAGAGUAUACUAGAUUUUAAGAACGCUCUCAAACACACAGACGCACACUGCAAGCAGCGGCACUCGAGUCGGACCAGAGUCUUGAUAAUUGUGUGACUAUAAUGCAUGGUUAUAUGCGGGUCGGGUCCGGUGGUUGAUUAACGCAUCAUUUGCAUGUCCUAAAGCCAUAUAAAAACACUUGAAGUGCAGUGGUUUCACUCUUUGAUGACGAGUUAAUGAAGUGGAGAACAACCACAGCUCUAUUGAAUCGUCUCAAACUCGACCUGGAAAACGGGUCAUGUGAUGCACUUUAUGGAUGAAUGGCAACCCAUAAUGUUUGCUAGGAUAUGGUUUGUACUACUUCAUUGGUUUUGAGACAGAAACUUGCCUUUUCAACCACUGAAUCUGUCUUGAGUCCCAACUGGAUCUGAUGUGUCAAUAUGUGAUUAAUGUACAUGAGUUUUGUUUUCUGUAAAUUCCCUUCACGCGUAAUUCUAAGUGCCUUGAACAUCGUUCACCUAACUUUUCUUUUGAUGUGUUUAAAUAGCUUUAUAGAUUUGUGCAGAACAUGAAACAAUUCAACUUUGUUCCUCCUGAUGGAAAUAAUCUUUGAAAUGACCCACAUGUGUAGGCGGUUGCUUGGAAUAGAUUGAACAGACUUGUUUUUGUAAUGUUACAUGAAUUAAUAUGAAGUCUUUGUUACACAUAUACACCUAUAGUUGCACUAUGAAAGGCUUAAAUGAAUAACAAUUGGUGUCACUCUUAAUGUCCUGGAUUUAAAGGGGGGUAUUUCACUGAGAAGUCUGGUCCGAAAUGAAUGCUGUGGACACUGCAACAAAUGUUACAGCAGAGAUGUUUAUCAGAACGAAAUAUUGAAUUCACCCAUUAAACGUGGAAUGAUC